AUGGCUACAUCUGCAGCGACUGAAAAACCUCGUUUGAUCAUUUUGGGUGCCACGGGGGGAACUGGACUUCAACUUGUUGAGCAAGCACUGAAGAAGCAUUAUUUUGUCACGGCACUAGUUCGAAACCCAGAGAAAUUGCAGCACAUUCAGCAUCCCGAUUUGAAGGUUGUUCAAUGUGAUUUGAUGAAUCCACUUGAUUUAGCUUCGAAGAUGGAAGGUCAUGUUGCUGUUUUAUCAGCAUUGGGUCAACCUGGUUUGCAAAUAUCCGCAAUGACAUUCUAUGAAGAUUCUAUCAAAUCUAUAAUAAUAGCUAUGCGAAAUUCUAAAAUAAAACGCUUAAUAUGUGUAACAGCAUUUUAUACAAAAUAUCAACCGUCGGUGUAUCCGUUUAUAUUUAAAUUAGUAAUUCGUCCAAUGAUAGGUCGUCAUUUGGAUUCAAUGUUUAUCAUGGAAGAGUAUCUCGAAAAAGAAUGUCAAGAUAUUGAUUAUACGAUUGUUAGACCACCACGCCUUCUUGAUGAUCCAAUUAUUGAAAAAGCUGUUAAAGUUCAAGAAGAUGAUUAUUUUUUUCCCGAUUAUUCAACAGCCACUCGAAUACCUCGUGCCAAUGUUGCACGAUUUAUGUUAGACACACUGCAAAAUGAUCAGUAUCUGAAGAAAGCUGUGGCUGUUGAUAUGCCAAAAAUGAUGGGAAAAUCUGCCUAA